GGAGCGAUUGCUCCAUAGAGGGAGGAGUGUGAACAGCACAGGCUGAAUCUGGACUUUCAAUCCUUCGUCAGCUUUUAGCCCACGGAUGAAAGAGAGCAGUCCUGAAGUGAAUGACAGAUCCAAGAAGCAACAAUGGCUGUCCUCAAGAUCCUUGUGCCACUCAUCAUCGGCCUCUGUGCUUACUAUUUCUAUAGCCCAGAAUCCGUCUCUGCAGGGACUACCAAAAUAGCUUCACAUUGUGAUUAUCCAGCAAACCUGUAUUUCAGUUCUUUUCCUCUCCAGGUGGUCCAGAAGUGUCUGGAGUUGGGGGCCAGCUCUGCAGGGUACGUUGCGGCUGACAUGAGUAAUUUUACUUCUCCCCAGAAGGUCAUUGAAGAAACCAAGAGCAAACUGGGAGGCCUUGACUUCCUAGUACUGAACCAUGCUGGAGGAGAUGUUGGGUUUCAUCGAUUCAAAGGAAAUAUGGAAAUUGUGAAGAGCUCCAUGACUAUCAAUUUCCUCAGCUAUGUCCACCUAACAUCUUUGGCGCUACAUAUGUUGCAAGAGUCUGAAGGGAGCAUCAUCGUUUUAUCUUCCAUGUCUGGCCGUAUUGGGUCCCCAUUCAUCACUGAGUACUCUGCUGCCAAAUUUGCAGUAGAAGGCUUCUACAGUGGACUUCGCAGUGAGAUGCGUCUUCGGAAGAUCAAUCUGGCCGUCACAGUUGCUGUUCUGGGUUACAUUGACACAGAGACUGCCAUGAGAGAAGUCGGCAACAAAAUGACCCUGGUGCCAAGUUCCAAAGAAGAGUGUGCCCAGAAGAUAGUGCAGGGAGGUGUGUUGAGACAUCGGGAAGUUAUCUAUCCUUACUGGAGCCAGAAGUUUGUUUUGAUGCUCAGAGACUGGAUGCCAGACGUGGUGGACCAACUAGCUGGAAAAAGUUACAACGUGGAAAAUAUCUCUUAAAAGGAUUUUUCCAUACGUAGCAUGGACCCCCUUAGUAUUGUAUUACUGUCUUACAAUUUUCUCUGGUUUGCUCUCUACUCAAAACCCAUGUACAAUUUAUUUCACGAAAACAUGAUAGCCAGUUUGGUUUAGUGGUUAGGAGCAGUGUUCCCUCUAAGCUGAAUUAGUGU